AUGGAGAGGCACUGUGUGUCUCCCUCUGUGGCCCACGUGGGUGCUGGGUGUCUGGAGCCGAUUUGCUCACUCCUGUGGUUUCCUCCGGCCCCGCUGCAGGUCGUCUUCCACGAUGUCGCCGUGCUGACUGACAAGCUCUUCCCCAUCGUGGAGGCCAUGCAGAAGCACUUCAGCGCCGGCUCCGGGACCUACUACAGCGACUCCAUCUUCUUCCUCUCAGUUGCCAUGCAUCAGAUCAUGCCCAAAGAGAUCCUGCAGAUAAUACAGCUGGACCUAGACCUAAAGUACAAGACCAACAUCCGGGAAUUGUUCGAGGAGUUUGACAAUUUCCUGCCAGGCGCCAUCAUUGGCAUCGCGAGAGAGAUGCAGCCGGUGUACAGGCACACAUUCUGGCAGUUCCGCCAUGAGAACCCCAAGACCCGGGUCGGGGGCCCGCCUCCCGAGGGGCUCCCUGGCUUCAACAGCGGGGUGAUGCUGCUGCACCUGGAGGCCAUGCGCCAGUCCCCGCUCUACGGCCGCCUGCUGGAGCCGGCGCAGGUGCAGCAGCUGGCCGACAAGUACCACUUCCGAGGCCACCUCGGGGACCAGGACUUCUUCACCAUGAUCGGCAUGGAGCACCCCGAGCUCUUCCAUGUGCUGGACUGCACCUGGAACCGGCAGCUCUGCACCUGGUGGAGGGACCACGGCUACAGUGACGUCUUCGAGGCCUACUUCCGGUGCGAGGGCCACGUCAGGAUCUACCACGGGAACUGCAACACCCCUAUCCCGGAGGUCUAGGCUUCCAUUUUGAGAGAAAGAACAAACAGAACUUCUGCAGCUCCCAGUGAGCCAGAGCUGGCCCGGAUUUUAAGCAUUCAAACGGAGGCGACCUCCCACGCGUGCCCCCAGGAGGCUGCACUCACGCCCAGGAUGCUCACGUUGCCUGCUGCAGGGGUGAAGACCGCCGCCGCCUCUUGGGAGAGGGCCUUCAGUGCCAGCGGUGGCCCACAUCCCAAAGCUGGUCUCCUUACACGGCUUCGCAGCUCUCACCUCCCAGCUGCGUCACAGACCUCUGCAUCCCCUGUUCGGCUGGGCCAGCUCCAGGGGACGAGACUGUGCUCAGAAAUCAAAUCCGUCAUCAAAGAACAGAGGUCGGCCACCCCCGAAGGCAUGCAAUGGGGUUGUCUGGGCUGGGAAGACUCAUUCCUUCCAACGAGGAGCCCAGCCGUGCUCGCGUGUGACCACGUGGCUCGGUCGGGCUGGUGCUCCGAGGCCUGUAAGCAUUCCAGUCUCUGUUUAGAACACCCUCCUCCAGACUUUCCCACUGCACAGGUCAGACCUGCCCCUUAGAAGCAUUCAGGCUGUUUUUAAAGUCCUUCUAGUGAGUUCUCCUGCAGGGGAGCCGCACACAGGACGCUCCUCCGGGCCCACUGCGCGGAGUCCAGCUGAAGUCCUUGGGGAAGACAUGUUGCUGGAUUUUCAUCUUAUUUUAUUUCAGUUUCAUUUACUUUUUUAUUUCCUUUCAUCGUGAGUGAGAAUAGCGAAUAAAUAAUCUUCAAGAACACAGUUUA